AGCCGCCCGCACCGCUGCUGGCCGCGCGCCUGGGGGCGGUGACUGCGCCUGGUGACGUCGCGCGGCCCCACUUCCCGAGGGUCCCGGCGGCGGGGAGCCGCCCGCGGGAGUCAGUUAGGCGGCGGGAGCGCGGCGCGGCAGGCCAGGGCACUGGUCCGGGCCAUGCCGAGGAAGAAGCCCUUUAGCGUGAAGCAGAAAAAGAAGCAGUUGCAGGACAAGCGGGAGCGGAAGCGGGGGCUUCAAGAUGGGCUGCGCUCCAGUUCCAACAGCCGCAGCGGGAGCCGGGAGCGGCGGGAGGAGCAGACCGACACCUCGGAUGGGGAGUCUGUGACCCACCACAUCCGCAGGCUCAACCAGCAGCCUUCGCAAGGGCUGGGGCCGAGAGGCUACGACCCAAAUCGGUACCGGCAGCACUUUGAGCGGGACAGUCGGGAGGAGGUAGAGAAGCGGAGGAAGGCAGCCCGGGAACAAGUGCUGCGGCCGGUCAGUGCGGAGGUGCUGGAGCUGGACAUCCGGGAGGUCUAUCAGCCUGGCUCAGUCCUGGAUUUUCCUCGGCGUCCACCUUGGAACUACGACAUGUCCAAAGAGCAGCUGAUGAGCCAGGAGGAGCGGAGCUUCCAGGAGUAUCUUGGGAAGAUACAUGGGGCUUACACUUCAGAGAAGCUCAGUCACUUUGAGCACAAUCUAGAGACGUGGAGGCAACUGUGGCGUGUGUUAGAGAUGUCUGAUAUUGUUUUGCUCGUCACUGACAUCAGACAUCCGGUAGUGAAUUUCCCGCCUGCGCUUUAUGAGUAUGUGACUGGGGAGCUGGGGCUGGCCCUGGUGCUGGUCCUCAACAAGGUGGACCUGGCUCCUCCGGCGCUUGUCGUUGCCUGGAAGCACUAUUUCCACCAACACUUCCCUCAGCUCCACAUCGUUCUGUUCACCUCCUUUCCUCGGGAUCCCUGUGCCUCACGUGACUCCAGCAGUGUCUUGAAGAGGAGUCGCAGGCAGGGCAGAGGAUGGACUCGGGCCCUGGGGCCUGAGCAGUUGCUGAGAGCCUGCGAGACCAUCACUGCAGGGAAAGUGGACCUGAGCAGCUGGCGAGAGAAGAUCGCCCGGGAUGCGGCCGGGGCCACCCGGGGCAGCGGCUCUGGGGAGGAGGAGGAGGAGGAGGAGGACGGGACAGCCGUCCUGCUGGACCAACAGACCGAUUCAGCCAUGGAGCCAGCUGGCCCAACCCGGGAGCGCUACAAGGAUGGGGUGGUGACCAUUGGCUGUGUGGGUUUUCCCAAUGUGGGCAAGUCCUCACUCAUCAAUGGGCUGGUGGGCCGGAAGGUGGUGAGUGUUUCCAGGACGCCCGGCCACACCCGGUACUUUCAGACCUACUUCCUCACUCCAACCGUGAAGCUCUGUGACUGCCCAGGCCUCACCUUCCCCUCCCUGCUGCCCAGACAGCUGCAGGUCCUGGCUGGCAUCUACCCCAUCUCACAGAUUCAGGAACCUUACACCUCUGUGGGUUACUUGGCCUCACGCAUCCCCGUGCAGACCCUGCUGCACCUGCGCCACCCGGAGGCUGAAGACCCAUCCUCCGAGCACCCCUGGAGUGCCUGGGACAUCUGCGAAGCCUGGGCCGAGAAACGCGGCUACAAGACUGCCAGGACAGCCCGCAAUGACGUGUAUAGAGCAGCCAACAGCCUGCUAUGGCUGGCCGUGGACGGCCGCCUCAGCCUGUGCUUCCACCCCCCAGGCUACAGUGAGCAGAGAGGCACCUGGGAGUCUCAUCCUGAAACGGCAGAGCUGGUGGUGUCACAAGGCAGGGUGGGGCCAGCGGGCGAUGAGGAGGAGGAGGAGGAGGAGGAAGAGCUGAGCAGCUCCUGCGAGGAGGAGGGCGAGGAGGACCGGGAUGCGGAUGAGGAGGGAGAGGGAGAUGAGGACACCCCGACCUCGGCGCCAGGGACCGGCCUGGCCGCCCACAACCCAUACACCCUGCUGGGCGAGGAUGAGUGCUGAGCACCUGUCCCUUCCCUGUGCCCGCCUGCCCACCUGCCCGCUGUGAAUAAAGGUGGUUGCUGUA